AUGCAUGUACCUCGUAAUAAUCUGUGUGUGACAGCUGUGCGUCGGGGGAAGCCGUGCUUCAUCGUGUCCACGUGCUUGUCAGAGUCGUACGUUUUACUAGAGGAUGAGGUUCGACGAAGACGUGAAGCGUGUAGGGCGAGCCGCGAGAGUGGCCACGCCCAGUUUCCAUGGGAACGCCAGGGCGUGGCGGGCGGCGGCCCGCGUGUCAGAAGCGGUGGCGGUGGCCUCGGAGGUCGGCCCGCCCGUUGCCCACCGGCCGCCGCCCAGCCCGUCGCGACGCCCGUCGCGCUCUCUCGAGCAGCUUCUUCCGGGACUUCGAUCUGCGGUGCAGGCGCGCAAUGGGAAACAAAGUGGUCACAUUUACGGAAGAUCAGUUUGAAGACUACCAAGGUUCACAAACGCUUCCGCGAUGUAAGUCCAGAUUUGGUGCCCAAAUGUAUGACUGGGAACGAACCAGUGACUGUUCGAGUGCCUAGGGAGAAGGUGGAGAAACUUCCUGAAUUAAGGGAGAAUCCUUUCCGGCAGCGCAUCUGCGAGGUGUUCUCGCGCGACGGGAAGGGAAACCUGACGUUCGAGGACUUCCUGGAUAUGCUGUCGGUGUUCAGCGAGCAGGCGUCGCGGGACAUCAAAGAUUUCGUUUUUCUUUCUUUGUAA